UGUGUAUAUUUAGACUACUAAACUGUGCUAAGUGAAAACAUGUUUCGUGUUCUAACAUGUUUCCUCCUCGCUGUCGUAUGUGCUGAACCCCCCAACAUUGUUAUCAUCGUUGCUGACGACUUGGGGUGGAACGACGUGAGUUUUCACGGCUCCAGUCAGAUUCCGACUCCGAACAUUGAUGCUCUCGCUUACGAUGGUUUGAUUCUCAAUCGUCACUACGCUCAGCCAUCCUGUUCUCCUUCUAGAGCCGCCCUACUCUCCGGUAGAUACCCGGCGUACACAGGAGUACAGAUGCCUUUUAAAGCAGGGACAACUUCAGCUUUACCGCUUCAUUUUACACUUUUACCCGAGUACUUAUCCAGACUGGGGUACCGAUCACACCUGGUUGGCAAAUGGCAUCUGGGGUGCCACAAGACUGAGUACCUUCCCUGUAGUCGCGGGUUCCAAUCUCACUUCGGCUUUUGGAACGGCUACCUUGGCUACUUUGACGGCAUCCAUCUAGACGGCGUUGGUGGAAUUGACUCUCGUCGGAACAAUGCUGGGGCUUGGGAAGAAUUUGUGGGUCGCUAUGCAACCGAUCUUUUUGCAGAGGAGGCAACAUCCAUCAUCAAGUCCCAUGACGUCACAGAUGGUCCUUUGUUCUUACAAGUUGCUCUUUCUGCGCCUCACACGGGCAACAAAGGUUCGGAGUUUGAAGUACGAAAUUUGGCGGAAAAUGAACGUCAACACUACUACAUCAAGGAUCUUCAUCGCAGACUAUAUGCAGGAAUGGUAAGAGGGAUGGAUGAUGCAGUCGGAGCUAUAGUCGAGGCUCUGGGUUCGCGUAACAUGCUCAACAACUCGAUCGUGUUGUUUACCUCCGACAAUGGAGCUCCAACUCUCGACCCUCGAUGGAACUACUCGAACUACGGCUCAAACUGGCCUCUUAGAGGGAUGAAGCUGUCUUGUCACGAGGGAGGAGUCCGUGUGGCGUCAGUCUUGUGGAGCCCCCUGGUGGCUGGAGGCAGAGUCUCUGAUCAGCUGAUACACAUGGUCGACUGGCUACCCACCUUGUACACAGCAGCUGGAGGAGCAGCUGAAGAUCUGGGGGAGAUGGAUGGUGUGAGUCAAUGGGAGACAUUAAGAGACGGAAAAUCAACGGCCAAACGUACAGAAAUACUGGUGGAACUCAACAACGUCAAUGGGAAUGAGGCACUUAUACAGUGGCCUUGGAAAAUAGUCAAAUAUGCUUCAAGUAAUCCUACAUUCAACAUUCAUGCAGGGGAAAGUGGAAAAGGGGCCGAAGUUCCGCCGUACUCUGUUGAAGAGGUUCUUAAAAGUACAGCUGCCAAAGCUAUAUCUCUACACAAAUCUACCAAUGAGAUCCUAGCCUUGAGAUCUUCAGCAACAAUAGACACAUUGUGUCCUCUGGUAUUGAACCACUCAACGCCACACCCAUGUGACCAACACUACUGUCUGUUCAACCUGGAAACCGACCCUUGUGAAACCCUAGAUCUGUCUGUAGCUCACUCCGACGUAGCACGUGAUCUAGUCAAAGCUCUAGAGGGGUACAGAGAAGGUUUGGUGCUUACCCCUCGUCCCAAUAGUGACCCAAGAGCAGACCCUAGACUGUGGGGUAACUACUGGUCUACAUGGGCAGACAGCUCGGCCAGCCUACCUCAGACAUCGGUCAUGCUUUUGGUCACUAGUUACCUGAUCUUGAGAUAAAACAGUGAAGAUAAUUGUUACAAGAUCAUUCUCGGACAUUCAACAAGUGUAUGAAUAUUUAAAUACUUCCGACACUAUUAGGGUGGUUUUAUGCAUGGUGACACAACAAUGGCUGGCAGUCACCAGGCUUCUUGGUUCAAUUGAGUUAAAUAGGAGCAUUUAUGUUUAACAGAGAAGGACGGGACGAAGUUACUUAACCCGUGUCCAGUCUACCUACAACCGCUGCCGUGCUGUGUCAUGAUAGCGCUAUCGUGUUAUUUCAUGUUUAAAUGUUUUGUGUUCCGUGUUUUGUUCUAUGUUUAAAUUAUUUGAUGUUUUUGAAAUAAAGCUUCGACGAUGUUGCAGUGCAACGAAACAUGUACCGUAAGCUUUGAACAACGUUAGUUGAAAUAAGACACAAUUUUGGACUACUGACGGAGGUAAGCCUAUAUAAGUCAUAAUUCGUAGUUCAGGGGCUAUCAGAAUGAAUAAUAAAAAAAGUCUUAUAAAAAUAAUUUAAACUAGUAUUUAUUUGUGUUUUAUAUAUUUUUACAAAAUUGUGAGUUAUAUAUAGUUUUGAAAUACAUAAAGUAACAACAAACAAUAGUUUAAUAUAGGUAAAAUACUAAAAUAUAACA